AUGAGUAUGAUAGACCUUCCUCAUAUUUACAAAAAGGGUAAAGCAUUGAGACUUAAAAAUCUUGAUGAUCCUACUCAGAAAAAAGAAUAUGCUUUUUCUUCUUCAGGAAAAAUAGGUGUUCAAACCCUAGCUAACAUUUGUAGAGGUUCUAUCAGACAACAAUUAGCCAAUCUAGAUUUACGAAUUAUUAUAGACUAUUCAUUGGUAGAAUGGAAAGAAUUGGAGGAAGAGGAACCCACAGGGAACGAAUGGGAAGAUCGAAAAGUUGGAAGAAGAAAAGAUUUUUUGCUUAGACGCAUGGAAUUGGCUAAGCAUUUUAUUCGAAAAAAUAUAGAACCAAAAUGGAUGGUUUUGCGUCUAUUACCAGUUCUUCCUCCUGAGUUGAGACCAAUCUAUCAUAUAGAUGAGGAUAAAAUAGUGACCUCGGAUAUUAAUGAAAUCUAUAGAAGAAUUAUCUAUCGGAAUAAUACUCUUAAAGAUCUAUUAACAACAAGUAUAGCUACGCCAGAAGAAGUAAUAAUAUCUCAGGAAAAAUUGCUACAAGAAGCCGUGGAUGCACUUCUUGAUAAUGGAAUCUGCGGACAACCAAUGAGGGAUGAUCAUAAUAGAGUUUACAAGUCGCUUUCAGAUGUAAUUGAAGGCAAAGAAGGAAGAGUUCGCGAGACUCUGCUUGGUAAACGAGUCGAUUAUUCAGGGCGGUCCGUGAUUGUCGUGGGCCCUUCACUUUCAUUACAUCGAUGUGGAUUGCCUCGCGAAAUAGCAAUAGAACUUUUCCAGGCAUUUGUAAUUCGUGACCUAAUUAGAAAACAUCUUGCUUCGAACAUAGGAGUUGCUAAGAGUCAAAUUCGGAAAAAAAAACCGAUUGUAUGGGAAAUACUUUAGGAAAUUGUGGAUGACCAUCCUGUAUUGCUGAAUAGAGCGCCUACUCUGCAUAGAUUAGGCAUACAGGCAUUCCUCACCGUUUUAGUGGAAGGGCGCGCUAUUUGUUUACAUCCAUUAGUUUGUAAGGGCUUCAAUGCAGACUUUGACGGGGAUCAAAUGGCUGUUCAUGUGCCUUUAUCUUUGGAGGCUCAAGCAGAGGCGCGUUUACUUAUGUUUUCUCAUAUGAAUCUUUUGUCUCCAACUAUUGGGGAUCCGAUUUCGGCACCAACUCAAGAUAUGCUUAGUGGACUCUAUGUCUUAACGAGUGGAAAUCGUCGGGGUAUUUGUGUAAAUAGGUAUAAUCCAUGUAAUCGUAGAAACUAUCAAAAUGAAGAUAAUAACUAUAAGUAUACAAAAAAAAAGAACCCUUUUUUUGUAAUCCCUAUGAUGCAAUUGGAGCUUAUCGGAAAAAACGAAUCAAUUUAGGUAGUCCUUUGUGGCUGCGGUGGCGACUAGAUCAACGCGUUAUUGCUGCAAGAGAAGUUCCCAUCGAAAUUCACUAUGAAUCUGUGGGGACCUAUUAUGAGAUUUAUGGACACUAUCUAAUAGUACGAAGUAUAAAAAAAGAAA